AUGUCUUCGUAUCCUUAUAAUUCAACUAGUGAACUGCGUCAGAAAAUGACAGGCCUUCGGCGUCAGCUUAGCCAUCCUCACCUGAAUAAAUUCAAAGAAGCUAAAAAGGAACUAGCUUUUAUAUAUGAAGAUAUUUUAAGUUAUGUGUCUGAAAGUCACAAAUUUACUCGAGAACAAAGUGAAGAAGAGAGGUUUGCCAGACUUAUUGGACAAGGAGUUCAUGCUGAAGUUGAACACCAUCUCCAGAAAAUCCGUAAUAUUCAGGAAAUUAUUGCUCGUAAUCAAAUGAAGUGUGCUUUUUUCGGGAGAACAUCAAAUGGAAAGAGUACCGUUAUCAACGCGAUGUUGGGUUCAAAAUUGUUACCUUCUGGUUUGGGUCACACCACCAGUUGUUUCCUUGAAAUCCAGGGAACGGAUCAGGACUCAGGAUAUCUUCUAAUGGCUGAUUCUGAUACCAACGCUAAAGAAACGUCAGAUAUUUCUCACCAGGCUCGUCCUAUUGAUUCCGUUGGUCAGUUAGCCCAUGCAUUAAGCAGUGUCAAACUUUCCACAGAUACACUACUAAAAAUAUUCUGGCCAAGUUCAUAUUGUAGGCUGUUACGUGAAGAUGUUGUUCUACUAGAUAGUCCAGGGAUUAAUGUUGAUCCAGAUAUGGAUAGAUGGAUUGAUCUUCACUGUUUGGAUGCGGAUGUUUUCAUUCUUGUUGCUAAUGCUGAGUCAACAUUAAUGCAAGCUGAGAAAGAUUUCUUCCAUAAAGUCAGUCAGAAGUUAUCCAAACCAAAUAUUUUUAUCAUUAAUAAUCGUUGGGAUGCUUCAGCAAACGAAAUUGAAUAUAUUAAUGAGGUACGUGAGCAACACCUGCAACGUUGUGUAGCGUUUCUUGUUGAUGAAUUAAAAGUGUGCACACGUACAGAGGCAGAGGGACAUGUUUUCUUCGUUUCAGCCCGUGAAGUUCUAGCGAUGAGAACAAAAGCGAAUUUAGGUGGAGAUCCACAUUCAGGUCCCCCUGGGGCGGCUACAAGUAUUGGGUCUCCUUUGUCAGCAGUGGCCUAUAUGGCUGAGGGUUGGCAAGACAGACUCGUGGAGUUUACAAAUUUCGAAACUGUUUUCGAGAAAAAUCUCUCAGAGUCUGCUACUCGUACAAAAUUUGCAGCUCAUUCUGAACAAGGCAAAGAUGUAGUGAAUAGAGUUCGUACAAUCAUGGAAAAUAUCUAUGAGACAACAGUUGAAGAAAAAGAUGCUGCCGUUCGUUGUCGUCGUCUUUCUCAAGCACAUCUUGAAGAGGUACGCGCCCGGUUGAUGAAGACAACUCAAGCUGUAGAUGAAAUGCUUCAUGCUAGUUUGGCACGUGUUGAAGCCCAAGUUGCUAGUGCAUUAAAUGCUGAAAUUCGACGUUUGAGUGAACUUGUCGAUAGUUAUUCGCGUCCUUUCCAUCCAGAUCCAGCUUUGAUUCACGUAUACAAGCGAGAACUAAAUACACAUGUUGAACGUGAAUUAGGCAGAAAACUUACUGAAGCUUGUUCUAGUGAUAUUCUUAAUGAAGUUGCUCGAUGUGAACAGUUAAUGAUGAAUAAACAUGCGGCAAUUGUUUCAGACGAAGCUUGUAAAAAUCGUAUACUUCAGCUAGUUGAUCCUACUGCGUUUACUCCGGAAUUCCAUCUUGAUUGUCGUAAUUUGUGUGCGAAUUUUCACGAAGAUAUUCAGUUUCGUUUUUCUCUUAGUUUGGGAACGCUGUUCCAACGGUUAUCAGCCCCACGUCGUUCGACAAAUAGUUAUCAUUGGACACAAUCUGAUGGAAUUCCUUCUAGUUUGGUUAACUCUUCCAUAUUACCCAGAUCUUCGUUGACUGUUGAUUUAUUCCCUUCUCUUAUGAGCCGAAGUGCUGUCGGUACUGUUAUUGUUUUUGGAAUUAUGUCGAAAGCUGUUGGUUGGCGAGUUCUAGCAGUGGCUUGUGGAAUAUACGGUGGUUUAUAUCUAUACGAACGACUUUCUUGGACAAAUAAAGCUAAAGAGGCUGCUUUCAAACGUCAAUAUGUCGAUUUCGCUUCCCAUAAAUUACGUUUAAUUGUUGAUUUAACUAGUACAAAUGCUCGGCAUCAAGCUAAAAGAGAGUUACAUCUAGCUCAUAAAAAGUUGUCCACAGAAGUGGAGAAUUUCAGUGAUACUUUAGUUGAAGAAGUGAAACAAUUGGAUAGUGAUAUUAACCGUCUGGAUUUCAUUACUACAGAAGCAAGGAAACUUAAAAAUCGUGCUAAUAACUUGGGGAAUAUUUUGAAUAAAUUUCAUGAAACAUUUAUUUUAAAUCCAUGGGAUGAAUCUAAUUAG